AGGAGUUAGCGCAAUAGCGACUACGCUAGGUUGCAUGGAGGUAAUACUUAUUGAUCUGUACAGUAAUGAUGCUUUGUUUUUCUAAAAGAUAACAACAAAAAAUGGAGGAUCGCUUGGCUUGUUUGGAGUUCUACUGCAGGCUCAGGCCUCCGUCUCCUGGCUGCGACGAAGCUGCGCGAGCCCUGUUUAGUGUGGAAACCGACCAUCGGAAGCGGACGUUCUUGCGUCUAGUACCAGACUUAAGAGCCGUCGAUAGGUUGUUACCGAUAAGACUUCUAUUGGCUUGUACUUGUCGUUGUAGGUAGCUAGUAGUGCUGUGAUUCCAUUGUUAUUUAACAAUAACUAAAACUACGUUCUGUGGUUACCGUAAAAUUAUUUCCAUUUGAUAACCGGUAGUGUAGCUUUCUGUAGGAGGUACUGCGUCACUGGGUGGCCUCACAAGUAGACACGAAUAACUGCACAAGAGGUUCCAUGACAUGACGUUCUUGAAAAACUUAUUUGCUCCAUUUAAUCUCAGGGUCAGUGAAGAUAGUCCAGUUUCCUAUAGCUCUAAUACACAAGUGGGAAACGGAUGUGAAGCCACGUCAAUGGCGUUGCUCCUACGCUAUGCCUGCUAAAGCGCCUACGGAGAAGCUCUGCCAAACAUUGGGCAAUGAAGUUUUGGACUGGGUACGCCUACAACCAGUGUGUUUUUAGAGUUGAUUCAGAAAGGAAAUACGCGUUGUUGAACUGAGUAAGAGUACCUACUACCUGUGUUUUUAGAGUUGAUUGAGAUUUGAGAAAGCUUAAGAUUGUGGUUUUAGAUUUGAUUGAGAAACGAAGCAAGUGUUGAAUUAUUGGAUUGGCCAUCUACUUGAUGCUCUACACCUCAAAGGUCCUUGACGGUUACAAUGCACUGGUUCUUGGGAUGGGCGCAAAGGAGAGCGGAAAGUCCUUCUCACUCUUUGGGGAUCCAAGAUCAUCAAGUGAGGACCCACCACCACCCACGACUGGCUCAACAAAUAUAUCGGAGACCUCCAAGUUAAGGGUUGGUGAAAGUUGACAAGUUGACCUAUCAUGGUUUUAUCUAGCAACUACAUGAGUAUCUAUGAGAACCUUUUCCAUUUCCAUUUUCGAGUGACACAAGCAUAGUGAUCACCAAUUUUUCAUCUGAAACCGCUAAAGGCUAAAGACGAUCGACAGUGCGGCUUAGUCUACGCGUUUCUGCGUGAGAUCUUUCGAGCCAAACGUAGUGGAGGAUUUCGCGUAGGCCUAAGUUGGUGGGACGUGCGUGGAAGCGAGGUCAGAGACCAGAAUAAGCGACCCGUUUUCCGGAAUAUCACGAAAUUUGAAGUGCUCGAACCUACUUCUUUCCAUUAUGAUUCGUAAACUACUACUAUGUAUUGUUAUUCUUACAACUGCAUCUUUGCUUUAGUAGACCAUCUUUUGCCGUGGGGAUAUACUAUUGCCAUGGGGAUGCACUCAAGGAUCCCCGUAGGGAUGUACUCAAGGAUGCUUUCACGUACUACAGGAUAGGAAAUAUUAGGGCAUCUCAAUCUCUAAGUCCUAGAAGCCACGCGCGUCGUUGACGAUUUGCGUUUGCGGCCAAGUAAAGGCAGUGCGAAUAAGUCCCGACAUCUAUUUUUUCGGGUAGCACUUUUCCACGAUUAAGGCAAUAUUGAAGAGGGCUAGAGAAUGCGGAAGGCGGUUCGACAAAUUUUAGUUUCUUACUAAGUAAGAGAAGCAAAGGUUUGAACACUGACUCCAUGACUUAAAGGUUGGCUUUGUUUCCCACUAUUUCUCAAAAAAAGCAAGGAGUACACCUUUAACGUUCAGAGGACAACCUUCUAUCGACCGUACACUUUGUGGAUCUGGGUAACGAGAACGACAGCGAGUGUCGCAGGGAUCUUCUCUCCUUGCAUCAAUUGCUGCGAGACGUCGCGGGUGAAGAUGUCAUGCUGGAUCUUAUGGUCUAGAAGAUAAGCAGCAUGCCCUUUUGAAACUAGUCCUCUACGAGUACUAAAUGGGACACCAGGUUCCAUGACCACAUGGCAUUUACUUGAAGUUCUUGCACUGUCUGACUUUAUUUUUAAUUUUGAUCGGUCCUGACUUCAUCUCUAAUUCCGACCGUUCCGGAGCAACAGACGCCGAUGGCCCCAAUGCUUUGCUGCGAUCUCCCGUUUCUCCGCAAUUCCAGAGUGAACGCCAGUUAGGCGCGCUUCUGAUGCCGCUAGUGACGGGGAACUGUAAAACGUUUUUGCUGAACGGAGUCCUGUUAUGGAAACAGGAGGUUGAGUAGAAUGGUGACCGUCUAAGCGUCUCAUUAGAGAGGUGGUUGUAAGCGGUCUCAUUAGAGAGGUUGAGUAGAUCAGGUGGUUGUAAGUGUCUCAUUAGCGAUGGAAAAGUAGUAUGGUCCACAUAUAAGUGUGUCUGUGUGACAAGAGAAGAAGAAGAAGAAGAAGAAGAUGGUUUGACACGAGAAGAAGAAGAUGGUUAUGCUUUUAUAGCCACGUUAUAUUCUAAAAAGCUGACGAGGUGGUUUGACUUCCUCUUUUCAGCAUUCAACAUGUUGUGACAGAAAGAAGAAAUCUUCAAUUUUCUCUUGUAGCAUUUCCUCCCUACUUGAUGAUCAAUUAGAGACUGUAGACCACAACGCUAAUCCUCGAAUCGCAGAUGUCAGAGUUGACGAUGCAGGAAACGAUCAAGAAUCUCGACACCGCUGAACGCGCCUCUUUACUAUAUGGAUGAUGUUUUUUGCAUCCAUCAGACCAUCGAGGCUUCCCUAUAAAGGCUAUACGUUUUUAAGGGGAAAGGGAUAGCCGUGACGGUCUGCCUAGAUGGAAUAGACGCCAUUCAUAUACUAGCGACAACAUGUCGUCGGAUUUAUCUUCGCUCUCUCUCCGACGUCGACAUAGUACCGCUUGCAGUAGGUUGGCAGGGUUUCCCUGAUAAGCUGCGAACAAACAGUCAAGCCUCUGUUGGAGGAGGUACGGAUAGGAACAGUUCGGCAGACACAGCAUUGGAUUAUGACGGGAUAGGGUUUGUUUUUUGAUGACGAAAGAAACGUGGUUAUACGUUGAUUAUACGAGAUUCAUCCCAAUAUCAGUUUACGUAGUGUUUUUUUUGUUAAUGACGAGCGUGUGAUCAGACACAAUGAAUUGACUUCUACAUAAUCUCUCUCUCUCACUGAAGAAUUGAAAUUAAGUCACAAUUACAACGUCUAAUCCCUAUUACGUGCUGCAAGUGCCGAUCUUCGUAGUUUGUCGCAAGAGCGACCUACCUUCCAAAAGCUCGCCGACGUCGAUGCCAACAUCAGCAGUGAGGACAUUCAACGUGUACGGCGUUACGCAGGCGAUGAAGGCUUUGGAACGGUGCUCAAUUCCAUGGCGGCUGAAGAAGAGAGGCGGAAAGAAUCUACCUUGGAAAGAGGACGCUCUUUCUCAG